AACCGGCUGCCUGGACUCCACUUCUCCUCCUCCUCCUCCUCCUCUUCCUCCCCUUCACUGUCCUCCUCCACAUCUCCUCAGUGGGUGUCCAGCAGCGAUGUCGGGGACUCUGUAGGAGCAUCUGGGGGGGACCGACAGAGCAGAGGACCGGCUGUAAACCAGGUGGAGAGUCGCUGUGAGAACUGGAUGUGAAGGGGAAGCACCAAGGUUAUGACCGACCGGCCCAAUGUGACAGCGUCCGGCCAACAGGAGCCUGAGGAGCUGCAGAUGUCCAAAUGUGUCCUAGGCUUCAUCCCUGUCAUCUACUACAGUAUUCUGCUCUGUGUGGGAGUACCAGUGAACAUCCUCACCGCCGUGGCGUUGUCCAGACUGGCGUGCCGCACCAAGAAAGCUCUGUACUACUACCUUCUGGCGGUGACGGGCUCAGACAUUCUCUCCCAGCUCUUCAUCAUCUUUGUCGGCUUCCUGCUGGAGACGGCGGUUUUUCACCGAGACGUCCCGGCGCUCCUGCUGCACUCCGUCAGUGCUGCCGAGUUCGCCGCCAACCACGCCUCCAUCUGGUCCACUGUGCCCCUCACCGUGGACCGCUAUGUGGCGCUGUGCCACCCCCUCCUCCACCGCCAGAUCAGCUACCCGGCCCGGGCCAGGAAGAUCAUCGCGGCGGUCCUGGCGUUGUCCCUCGUAUCGGGCGUGCCCUUCUUCUGGUGGUCGGACAUGUGGAGGAACAGCCACCCGCCCACGGCCCUGGACACCGUCCUCAUAUGGACGCAUGUAACCAUCAUCUACUUCCUGCCCUGCAGCAUCUUCUUAGUGCUGAACUCUUUGAUAAUCCACACGCUGAGGGUGAGGCAGAGGCAGCAGUGCUGCCAGGAGGAGCGCGGGCCCAAGUCUGCGCCUCCUCGGCGACUUGGGAAAACCACGGCGAUGCUGCUAGCCAUCACGUCCGUGUUCUCUGUGCUGUGGGCUCCCAGGACUGUGGUGGUCAUGUACCACCUCUACGUGUCCUCAGUCCACCGAGACUGGCGAGUCCACCUGGCCUACGACCUGUCCAACAUGCUGGCCAUGCUCAACACGGCCGUCAACUUCUUCCUCUACUGCUUCGUCAGUAAGCCUUUCCGCGGCGCCGUGCGGGACGUCCUGCUGCUCAGGGGGGGCCCGCUGUAUCCUCGCCGCACUCUGCCUCACCCGCAGGCCCCCAUCAACGCCUCCAUCUCCUCUCUGUACAGUGGGAACAACAAGCGCUCGCCGCGGGACUCCACCCCCUUGUCACCUCGCAGGACCAGAAAGCCCUCGUGACCCCGUGACCCCUCCUCCUUAAUCCAAACCACCCAUCAUCCCACGGUCCCCGAGCACUUCUGACCCCGGAGACGCACACUGCAUUCCAGCUACGAUGUGGACAGCUGCCAGUCAGCCCUGGAGCUUUCUCAACGGGCCUCAGAUGAACUCACAUAUUUAUAAUAUGUCACCGGGAGCUGUUUGUCCAUUUAAAUCAGAUAAGACGACAGCUUAUUUAUUUUUCUUCAGAAGAAUUUGACAGAAUAAUAGGUUUGUUUCUUUUCCAUACAUGGUAGCAAUGUGAGAAACAUAUUUUUAUAUUGUUUUGAGAAAGAAGAAGUUUGUUUUCUCUGUCGUUAAUUUAGAUCCAUGAUUAGGACUCAGAAGAGAAAAAUGAAUAUGUGCAUACAGAGUGUGAUCCAUUCAUCCACCCAGUCACACUUUUAUCAUGUCAAGUAGAGAUGCUAAGUUAGCCGACCCUCGUUAACCGAUUAUUAACCGACAAGAUUAGUGCGUUUCAUGCAGCGGUGCUGUAGUUUUAGUGCCUAACAAGCCGCCCAGCUGCAACGAUUAGCCAAUGCACAAACACGCUAAAUCAUCAUUUAUCACCACCUGCAGCGUCUGAGCACAACAGACGACUGAGUCCCCAGUUCACCAGACUGGGAGAGUUACUGUAGCAGCCAUGAUGCUGAGUGAAUUGUCCCAGUAAGUCUCCACCACAUCAUUCAGUUGUUCAUCGUAACGUUAGUGAGUGUCAGGUCGGAAGACAGAGCGUGUGUGUGACGACCACGGAUGUAUAAAAAUAACUGGAUACAGCGUUGGAGGCGGGGCCCCGUUCAGUCCUAUGAGAGUUGCUCAGCAGAGCAUGAAGCCUAAAUGGCUCGACUUCCGACUGGAAAAGUGUCCGGA